AUGGCCAGAGCUAUCUACGGAGUGGGUGGGAGGUACUAUGCUAUUCAUCUCCAGUACCGACGCGGUCAAUGGUUUGGUGUGUUUUUGAUGGUCACCGGUAGUGGGGACUCUUUUCAGCCUGAGAAGAUGAUCAAAGUCGAGAAUCCCCCUGUGCUGACCUUGAGGGGAUAUGACGAAUAUCUGCCCAAGCGUAAAGAGGUGAACGUUAAUUGGAUUGUUUUGUAG